UGCUUUCUACUGCCUAUCCAUCCUUCUACGCGCCCUCCGUGAUAUAGCGCCUCGUCAUGUCUGCUCCCAUCGACAUCCCCUUCGCGCGUUCCAGUGCGCCCUCUAUGGAGCGAACGUCGUCGGCGUCAUCGCAGGAGAAGUACAUCCCUGUGCACAGACGGAAGCCGUCCAGCAGCCCGUCGCUGUCAUAUCAUUCGGGCACGCCGUCAUCCUCAUCAUGUACCAGUCACGAUUCGUCUCUAUACCCUACCUCCAGGUAUAUACCCAUUGCUCAAUAUACCCCAGCAGAGUUGCUUAUGCUCGCCACCUCCCCACUAUCUCGUAUGUCGCCCGCCGCACAUGCCAUGAUUUCCUCCGUGGCCCCGGAGAUAAUCGUCAGCAAGUCCGCGGCGAAGCGAAGCACCCGAAGACGUGCUGCGCCUCAAGCCAACAGACGCAGAGUGGCGACGAAGAAGCUAGCAUGGGUGCCCACCGGACCUGUCUCGGCCGUGCCUAUUCUACCGGAUGCUGAGAGCAGCUGGAGGAGUAAGAACUGACGCUGAAGAGGCAUUCUUGUACGAUAUUGAUGCGCAGUGUGUUGCUAAUGGACCGGUUUCAUAGAGUGUACUAUGUAUCAACCCCAUAAUCAUAUCUUAAGGUCUCUGCAGUGCUGAUCAAUGAAGUCGUCU